ACUUUUAUCCUCGAACAAAACAAAGAGUGUUGCCAACUAAGUUGUGUGACCACUACCACAUUGACAGCGCAGUUGUGAUACACACAAUCGUAGAUGCACUGUAUGUGUAUGGAUUAAGCAGUGGCUGUUCAGUUUUGUCAUUACAUUUAUAAACAUCCAGUCGCCAUUUUCAAGCGUUACUAGUGGUUUCGAAGCACAAAAGCAAUUGCGAGCCAGUCAAUUUGGGCAAUCAAAGUAUACUUAACCAUUUUUUACAGCCGGUUUGCAAUCCAUUGGAAUAGUAGUACAUUUCCCGAGAAGAUUGUGUCAGUUGUGAAUUGACGACAUUCAAUCGAAACGCAAGUAAAUUCCAAUUAAACUAGCAAAAAAAAGUUUUAUUGGUAGCCGUUUGUAGUGUGUUUUGUGAGUGUGUGUAUUAGUGUGCGUGUUUCGACGUAUUUUCAUAUCGAGAUAGAGAACGAGCAAUCACGAUGGGUGAUUACAAUCAAGAUGCAAUUGCACAGUUAGAAAUGCAAAAUCCAAACGCAUUGCGUCGACCAUUCGAUCCAACCGCUCACGAUUUAGAGCCAACAUUUCGAUUGACCCGGUAUGCUGACCUGAAAGGACGUGGCUGCAAAGUGCCGCAAGAUGUGCUCGGUAAGCUUGUGUCAUCACUGCAACAGGACUAUUCACAGCCGGACGAUGAACAUGCUCAAUUCAUGAAUAUGGCCAUGCCUCGCAUCGGCAUCGGUCUCGACUGUUCGGUUACACCGAUUCGUCAUGGUGGCCUGUGUCUGGUGCAAACAACCGAUUUCUUCUAUCCAAUCGUUGACGAUCCAUACAUGAUGGGAAAAAUUGCGUGUGCCAAUGUUCUCAGUGAUUUAUAUGCCAUGGGUGUCAUGGAUUGUGAUAAUAUGAUGAUGCUGUUGGCUGUCAGCACGAAAAUGACCGAGAAAGAGCGCGACGUUGUUAUUCCAUUAAUUAUGCGCGGUUUCAAGGAUUCGGCUUUAGAGGCUGGCACAUCAGUGACUGGUGGCCAAAGUGUUGUGAACCCAUGGUGUACAAUUGGCGGUGUUGCUUCGUCGAUUUGUCAGCCAAACGACUAUAUUGUACCGGACAAUGCGGUCGUUGGUGAUGUACUCGUAUUGACAAAACCAUUGGGUACUCAAGUGGCCGUGAACGCUCAUCAAUGGUUGGAUCAACCGGAACGCUGGAAUCGCAUAAAAUUGGUUGUGUCAGAGGAAGAUGUUCGAAAGGCAUAUCAUCGUGCAAUGGAUUCGAUGGCCCGUUUGAACCGCACCGCUGCUCGUUUGAUGCACAAAUACAAUGCGCACGGUUCCACUGACAUCACCGGUUUCGGUUUGCUCGGCCAUGCACAAACAUUGGCAUCGCAUCAAAAGAACGAGGUAUCAUUUGUCAUCCACAAUUUGCCGGUCAUCGCUAAAAUGGCUGCCGUUGCCAAAGCGUGCGGAAACAUGUUCCAAUUGCUUCAAGGACAUUCAGCUGAAACGUCUGGCGGUUUAUUGAUUUGCCUACCACGUGAACAAGCUGCUGCCUACUGUAAGGAUAUAGAAAAACAAGAAGGCUACCAAGCCUGGAUUAUUGGCAUCGUUGAAAAAGGUAAUCGCACCGCCCGAAUCAUCGACAAACCACGAGUCAUCGAAGUACCAGCUAAAGAAUAAAUUUUAUGAGGAGAAAAACAUACAAAAAAAAAAAAACCUUUUUGCAUGAAAAUCAAUUUAUAUUUGGAAAACACAAAUGAAGUACUUCUAGAAAAACAAAACAAAAAAUAAACACUCUGCAGAAGAAAAAAAGAUAAGCGACCAAAAUAUGAUAGUACAUUUACCUACUUUAUAUCUCCAAAUUCAGAUUACCAAUGAAAUGUAACAACAGAGAAAAAUGUAAAAUUCUUGAUACAUCAAACAUAUUCGGCUAGUUUCUCAAAUAAAAAAAAAGAAGAAAAACCAGAUGAAAAAAGACAAAUUCAUAAAAAUUACAAAGCCAUUAUUUCUCUCAAUUUGGCAUUUCAACACAAACAACAACAAAAAAAAUCAGAGGGUACUUUCGACGCUAAUCAAAAAGCAAAACAAUUCAUGUUUCCAGUUCUACGAAAACAAUGUUUAUUUUCUAAUUAAAUUUAAGUGUAAAUUUUACGAUUAAAAAAAACUGAAUUUAUUUUGAACCGAUGUACAACUAUUCAUUUGAAAAGCAUUUGUAGUUGACCCCCCAGCAAGAUAAGGCACACAAAUAUUUGUCUACGUUUUUUUAGGUUAUGUCACUCAUUCUUUGUUUUGAUGGUAAUCUUUGAUAUUUGUUUGAUUUUCAUGAAUAAAAAUAAAUUUCACAAUGUA